UGUUUCUCUCUCAGAUGAACGUGUUCCUGUACAUCAUGGCAUCGAGAGCCUCGUGUUCGCUCCAGCGGAAGAGCAGCGAGACGAGAGACGUGCCGGCGGCGGGUCUGAGGACGGCAUGUGCCGUGUUGCUGCUGGUGACCAUAACGUGUAUUUUGGCGUUGCUCUCGGUCAACAGCGACAUGAUUCUCUUCCACUAUCUGUUCGCCGGAUUCUGCUGCGCUCAGGGGCCGUUUAUUUUCUUCUUCCGCGUGGUGUUCAAUAAAGAAGCGAGAGACGCCAUGCGCUACUGCUGCGGCAAGAAACGACCCGAUCACAUGAUCAAAUCCAAACCAUCC